CUGGGCAAUGCGGAAUUAUUUCAACAAUCAGUCUACCCGGAUCUCCAAUACCAAAUUCAACACCAACACCAACACCAACUAGAAUACAAGUUUUCUACAAAGCUAAUCUGGAUUCUGAGGUUACAGCAGCAUCUUGUCUGCCAUGUCGGCAAAAGAUAGCUCAGGCCCGAGUGCCGUGAACAGAACGGUCAACAACCUCUCAUUUAAACCCAAGAUCACUCCCCGAAAAUCGGAAUUGGAGGAUGUAAGCGCAGAGAUAAAUGAAACAACACACGAUGCUCUCCGCCAGUUAGCGAAUAUUCCUAAACCUACAACGCCUCGCCGUGCUGCUAGUGCUGGCCCAUCUCCAAGUCAUCGUUCUGCUCGCAGAACUCCAGGAGCAGCACAGGCAAGAACACCGGGUGGCGUGACCAAAUAUGGCGGGUCUGCAAGAAAACCGAUUGCUGUAACACCACACGGGAGAGCCGCACAACGCGAGCUUGAAGCCAGGAGGGCGGGAUUGACACCAGGGAAGGAUAGAAGGAAAAGUGGACGACAACAGAGAGAAACACCAAGAGACACACUGAGAACUCUCAGUCGAUUGCUGGCUCCCAAAACGCAACCAUUGGUUCAAACACCACCUCCUGCUAAGCCACCAAGGAAGAGUUAUGCUCUACCGGAAUUUGAUGAUGACGAUGAUGACGGCUUUGAACUCAAACGCCCGCGAUUAUCGUUGCCCAUUGGAGAAGAGACCGAUGAGGAUGACGACGAAGAUGAAAGUCUACUCUUACCACCUCGAUCCGCUGGGCUAGAAGACGAAGAUUUCACUGUACAAUCCGUUGAGCUUGGCAGAAGAGCUCGGAACGAGCAGCCACUUAGCCGGUUAUCCAGGGGAAGUUUUGGAAAUAUUCGCAUGAGCGACCGAUUUGGCAAUUCAAGUCCAUUCGGAGCGGAGAGAUAUGGCGACGAUUCCAGCGUCUUGGGUCCGACUGGUUACGACGAUGAAGAUAUGAACGAUAUGGCAGGGCCACCGGAGUGAGUUUUCUGCUAUUGUCUUUUUUCUCUCUCCUUGGGCUUGACUCUAACAAACACAGUGAAAAUACAGAAACAUUGAAUCUCGGCCUAGACCGAGGAAUGCUAUCUCUCCAAUCUGAGAAUGAUGAUAUUCGUCCAUCCGGAUUUACAGGAGAUGAUACCGAAAACACUUUUCUUUUCACUGUGCCUCCCAGGGAGGCCUCAGAGGAGCCAGUUGAUGAACCAUCCGGAUCCCCGGACUUGCCAGUUUCAAACGAGCCUGAGAUUGUAGAUGAGGUGGAGAUUCAGAUGAAUGACGAGAGAAUGGACAUGAACGAGCCUUCGAUAAUUGAGGACCAGGUUAAUGAUGUAGAAGAACCUGACAUGGAUGAGCCCGAGUCUCCCGAAGCCGCAUCAUCAGCUUUGGAAAUGAACACUAGCAUUCAGGAUACAACCUUGGGAGACUUUGAUAUCACGAAUCAAGUGAGAAGUAAAGUCGGGCCUAGAAAAAAGGUAAAAAUAUCGAAGCACGGAAUACAAUAUCCAUCGCUUCCGGCUGGGGUUGUGAAGAAAUUAGCGACCACUUUUGCAAGAAUGGGUGGGAAUAGCAAGGCCAAGAUCAACAAGGAAACUUUGGAUGCCAUUAUGCAAGCUACCGAUUGGUUCUUCGAACAGGCUAGUGAUGAUUUAGGAGCUUACGCCCAACACGCUGGGAGGAAAACAAUCGACGAAAGCGAUGUUGUCACACUUAUGGCGAGGUAAGUUUGAAAUGCGUAAUACAUCCGAUUAAUUACUAACUAGGAAAGGCAACGACAAACCAAUGCAAACACGACUCCCUUUUCGCUCGCUCAGAAAUAUCUACCCAGAGAGCUCUUACAGGAACUGCGGAUGGUUCCUCUACCUAAGUUGAAGAAGACUCGUAAACUACCAACCAUUGAAGAGUAAAACGAAUGAAAGCCAGAAUAUUCGGAAUGCUUAUUUGAAAUUUGAUAUUGGAGAACCAAACGGCUUGGUUUUUAAACAGCAAAACUUUGUCAGACCUUUUUCAUGAGCUGCUCGCCAUGUAUAGGAUUAUUUGGACUUCAAGCCCUACACGUGAAGUCGCAUGCUGAAAAAGAAUCCCGGUGUCACGCAGGUAUCGAAUCCGGGUGCUGUAGGGUUAAACAGUCGGUCCAAUGGUUAUGAUUUGCCUAGCAAGGGAUGGGCUUCUAUCAAAGCUUGCGUCUAGUUUUCACAUCCCCGGCUGUUAGUGGCGAGAGGCAAUCUUUGAUGGAAAUCCACAAUACCAAUAGUGCGGGGGACGGAGAUGGGUAUUCCGAGGCUACGUUAAUACUGGUGUCGAGGCACAGGGUUUGCGAGAUGGAUAGCGGAGCUGAAGCAGCAUUUUUGUGAAUCGCGUUCUACAAAAGCAUGAGCUUCUCUUCGUAUAUGGUAAAGCGGGCUCUGCCGUAAACACUCACUAUCAGAAGUGAAGCUACAAUCCUGUUCAGCGCAGGCGGGGUGUACUACUAGUAAUGUACAACGUUUUUGUACAAUAUGUUUACAUUUAUG